AUGGUUGGACACAGUGAAGCAGUACGCACAAUCUCGGUAAGUUUACAAGGACAUUCAGGGUACUACGCAUUUCAAUUUCCCAUGAAAAUGUCUGUUGGGGGGUAAUACUUCCUAACUGAGUUUCUGCGAGGCCGCAAGGAUCCAGGAUUCAAACCCGGAUUUUACAACACUUGAUUAGAAAUUUGAGGAAAAAUUGCAACGCGUACAGGUAAAUACUGAUAUCUUUGAAAGCAAGCAUCGAGUACGACUCCAUUUUCGACUUAUCGUGGGCAUACUUAGCCCAUUGACCUCGCGAUUAAAAUUGAUGGUGUCGGAUACCGAAAUAGGGUUGUCUUCAGGAGUAGGUUCUUAAGAUGACACGCCAGCUUUUGCAAUCUCUAUCCAUCACAGUAUUUCGGUCUAUACGAUUUUUUGAGUGUUAAUUCACCUUGUUCUGGCUUUUGAAUCAAUCACCUUCAUAGUCUGCAACCGUUCUUUGGGAUGUCACGCACUUACCCCAAUAGACGCGUUUGGGAGAGCGUUGCGUGAAAUUGCCGCUAGAAGCGUGACACCUUGAAGAAUGGCUGUGUCGGAGUCCCCUUCAAAUAAUCUGUUUGAAUUUUUGGUAUAUCUAUACUAUUAUGAUAUUUCGUGUCUCUAACCUUUCAAAAGUUUGAUGAAUUUGAAUAGAAAUUAAUCGCGUGAUGCCUAGUCUCCAGUCAAAGAAAAUGUUCAGCUUCUCUCAUCUCUAAUAAAAAUAUUUGUUACAUCCGGAGAGAUUUUUGAAAAUUUCCGGAAAUGAUUAGGACUUUGAAAACUCUUUUUAAUGGUGGCACGGAUUACUGAUGACUGCAAUUAAUUAAUCUUUUGACCCGUCACUCGACAACGUUUCACAGACCUAUUGCAUUCCAUCAAAGAAUACCUAAAAAUUCAGCGCAUAUUUGGUGAACAACUUUUAAGGCCAAGCUGAUCAAUGUCGGAAAAUAUUGUAAAAGAACGGAAGUAUAUUUUUAAUCAACGUUUAUUUAAACAUAUCAAGAAAUUUGGGAAGCAACUAUUGAAAUUUGGGUAGCAAAUUUCGGAGUUUUAGCAAUUUUUGGCAACUCUUUCCCAACAUUUACGAGCACAAUCGGGAGAGGCCUGGGGCCCCAAGUGCGGGGAAAAUUCCCGUGAUUAGGGCCUCGAAAAAAGCCGUGAGGCCCCACGAGAUGCAGGUUUCAAGUUUAUUAAACAAUUUCCACAAGGAACGACGAAUUGAAUAAGAAAACUGUUAAAUGACAAUUAAUGAAGAACUGUUACGAAACCCCACGGUUUCUCCUUUACUCCAGCUAAUUUUUUCCGUGUGCUUCUUUCCAUUCACACAGUCUUUACCCAGGGUGAUACCGCUUAAUGUUGGUGGAUACCACUUUGUAACUACUCUAUCCACAUUGACCAAGGAUAAGGACUCUAUGUUAGCCGCCAUGUUUAGUGGCCGGCACGAACUGGACACAGACAGUGAAGGGAGAUAUUUUAUUGAUCGGGAUGGAACGUACUUCAAAGAAAUCCUGAAUUAUCUUCGAGAUAGUACACAGCUACCAUCUGCUGAAAGAGCUCUCGAGGUAAGCGAUGGCCAAAUUAUCCUUUGAUAGUUUUCAUUUAAAUGACCAGAUAAAUAAAACGCAAAGACACGUUGGGUAUCUAAUAUGUUAGAAUAGUUCCUCACAUGGCACGAAGACAAAAAAACACAAAUUAAAAGACUUGCUGUAGAGGAAAUGUGUACACCUUCAACAUCCAAAAAAGUGACCUUAUUCAUAUUUGAAGAAGACUAGCGGUGUAGCAGUCGAAACGUCGCGCUCAAUAAACGAUUGAUUACCCUCCCCCUCCCCUAGAUGGUAACAGAUAAUUGGACUGCCGAAAAAUAUGGAGUGUUUCAUUAGAACUUGGCAAAAGGUUGUAGCAGAAAGGAGUUCCUGACUUCUAUCCUGCGCAGUAUGGCGCUUAGUCAUUCAAAGGGUUCUUAAAGUCAUUUCUUCAUUUCUGAUGCAAUUGUCUUCAAAGGUUUACAAAGAAGCACAAUUCUACCAAAUAGAGGGCUUGAUUGACACUCUAGAACGUUUCUCAAACGUCUUUGCGCACAAAUUGGAAGAGGCAAGGAAAUAUAAGCUGGGAAGUGAUUUUGAAAAGUGGCAACAACAGAUUAUCACUUGCGCACAAAACAAGAGUCUUCAAAAUCUGACGUCCACAAGCAAAAGUGAGCCUGCUGUCGCAAGAGGAUCAUAA